AUGGCGCCCUCGCAGCUAAAACAAUUAAAAGCCUCCCUGCGUGAACAUGGCGUCUUGGGGUCUCAGAAAUCUAAGAAAAAGAAAAAGUUGGCCGCGAAAGACGCGCAGAAACGACUCCAGCACAACUCCGCCCUUGAGGGCAUUCGAGAACGGUUCAACCCAUUCGAGGUCAAAGCGCCAACUCGAAAAGACAAGUUCGAAUAUGCGAGCGGCAAGGCAUUGAAGUCUGCUGUCGGUCGGCCCGGCGUAACUCGCGGAUUGGGUGAGGAGAGGCGACGAGAAACACUUCUAAAAGAGAUUCAAAGUCGAAAUAGGGUCGGAGGCUUGAUCGACCGCCGGUUUGGAGAGAACGAUCCCACAAUGACACCGGAGCAGAGAGCGGCCGAAAGAUUCGCCCGCCAGACCGAACGCAAGUUGAAGAAAACUUCCAUGUUCAAUCUGGAGGACGACAGCGAGGAAGAGAUGACACUCACACAUGGUGGAAGGUCGCUUGACUUUGGAGAUGAUGCCGAUGACGAUUUUGAUGAAGAAGACUUGGGAUCGCUGGAGGGAAAGGACGAAGAUGUCGAAGGACUAGAUGACCGACCCCGCAAAAGAUUGCGUGUCGAAGAGGAAGAAGGCCUCGAAGACGAUCAAGAUGAGCAAAUGCCACAGAGGAAGAAAACGAAGAAUGAAGUUAUGAAAGAAAUUAUUGCAAAGUCCAAAAUGUACAAGGCAGAACGUCAAGCUGCAAAGGCCGAUGACGAUGAUCUACGCGCCGAGCUGGACCAAGGUAUGUCCGAAUUCUACGAAGCACUUCGAGGCCACCCAAUACCGGAGAAACAAUUACUGUCGCCGCCUGUCACGGAACCAGGGCCUUACAUGGAUCCUUCUCGCGCUGCCAUAUUGGCUGGAAAGAGCAGAGCAGAAGCGGAGAAAGAAUAUGAGGCAAAUUUGAGACAAUUGAAGUUGGAGGCUCGAUCGAAACCUAGUGUGCGAACCAAAACGGACGAAGAGAAGGCCGCAGAAGAGGCAGCCAGGCUUCGAGAGCUGGAGAGAAAACGAAUUCGCAGAAUGAAAGGCGAAGCCGAAAGCUCAGAGGAUGAGGAUGAAGAUGACGAUGAUGAGCCUGGACCAGGGGAAGAUGUCGAUGAAGAUGAUGCGGAGGCCUUUGGGCUGUCUGCUCCACAAACCCUUCCAAGAAAGGAAUUUGAUGUGGAAGACGAAGACCAGUUCGUGCUUGACGAUGAUUUAAUUGCCUCGGACUCUGAGGCGGAGAUGGCAAGCGAACAAGGUUCUGAAGACCCUAGCCCAGAAGAUGAGGUAGAGGGCGAUGGCGACGAUGAUUUCAUUAACGGGUUGGUUUUGCCGCAAGAAACGAAAUUGACGAUGUCGAUGACCACGGAAAAAGGGUCGACAAGCAACCUUGCGUACACUUUCCCUUGUCCUCAAACCCACAAAGAGUUCUUGGAUGUGGUAAAAGAUGCCCAAGCCACGGAUCUGCCAACGAUCGUCCAAAGAAUUCGUGCUCUGUACCACAAAGGCCUCGCUGAAGGGAAUCAAGACAAACUGGAUACCUUUGCUCCUGUUUUGACACAUCAUGUUGCGUACCUUGCGGAUACCAACAGCGACGUGCCAUUCUCCGUCCUCGAAAGCUUAUUGCGGCACUUGCAUUCCAUGACAAAGUCAUCCCCUCAAGCAGUGGGAGCAGCCUUUCGGGGACAUCUUCAGAGGAUAGCCGAUCAACGACCACUCCAACUGUCUGUUGGGGACCUUGUUAUCCUGACAGGCAUUUCCACCAUCUUCCCGACUUCCGAUCAUUUUCAUACGGUGGUGACGCCCGCGACGCUAAUCAUUGGGCGAUAUCUUGGGCAAAGCUCUGUUCAAUCCUUGAAGGAUUUGGGGACCGGGGCUUACUGCUGCUCCUUGGCACUUCAAUAUCAGCGGCGAGCGAAAAGAUAUAUCCCUGAAGUGGUUAACUAUGUCGCCAAUGCUAUGGCCAGUCUUUCACCCACUCCUCUGUCGAAGCAAGAUCAAGAUGGAAAUCCUUUGAACACUCCGAUUCGGUUGCCCACAAUAUCAUUUCGAGUGAAGCCAAUUUCUGUGGCCGUGCCUGAGAAAUUGUCCUUCAAAGAUAUUGUGAUGAACAAAGACGUUCAGGAUAACGCCACCUGCGGUCUGGCUCUUCUCAACGCCUUCAUACGUCUCUCUGCUCAAGCAGCAGAGCUGUGGAAGCAGAAGUCGGCCUUUCCGGAGCUAAGCUCUCCUUUUAUCCGAGUGCUCAAUCACCUCACUUCCCUGGCAAAGAAACUUCCCAAAGAGACCUUUGAUCUCGCCUCCACUACCUUGAAAAAACUUGAAGCCCUCCAAAAGACCUCCACGGCCUCUCGCUUACCUUUGCUUCUACAUAACCACCGACCCCUAGCAAUCAAAACCUCCAUUCCCGCCUUCAUCGAGAAUUAUAACCCGGGCCGCCAUUAUGACCCAGAUCGACAGCGGGCUGAGCUAUCGAAACUCAAAGCCGAGCACAAGAAAGAGCGCAAAGGAGCAAUGCGGGAAUUGCGCAAGGACGCCAAUUUCAUUGCGAGAGAACAACUCCGCGGGAAGAAGGAGAAGGAUGCUGCUUACGAUAGGAAGUUCAAGAGGCUGGUUGCGGAAAUUCAGGGUGAGGAGGGUCGUGAGAAAAAGGAGUAUGAGAGAGAGAAGAGGAAGAGGCAAGGGAGGUUCUAG